AUGCAAAAAUUAACAACUGGCGCUUUAAUGCGUUUUGCUAAGAAUAGUAGUAGUGGUGAACAGCCUAUUUUACAAGUGCUGAAUAUUAAAUUAAUGGAUUCAAAACCAGUGAGUGAAUCUUCAAUGACAGCUAGUCAACAUAAAAAAACUCAACGUUAUCGACUUAUUCUUUCUGAUGGCAAACAUUUUUUACCUUCUUGUGUUUUAACUGUACAAUUAAAUGAUUUAGUAACAAAUGGUCAAUUACAAGAAUAUUCUAUUAUUCGACUUGAUCGUUAUUUACGUAGUGAUCUUAAAGGACAAACAGCAAAAAUGAUUUUACAAAUUCUUCAAAUAACUAUUUUGGAUAUAGCUACACAUAGAAUUGGAAAUCCUAUUUCAUUAUUGACAGCUGAUCUAAAUGAAGAUAAUACUUUAACAACAUCAACAACUAAAGAUGUUCUACAACCAAAAGUUACUAAUUCGAUUUUCAAACAUCCGAUAGCUCCAAUAAACAAAGAAUUGCCUGUACUUCCACCUCCAUCAUCAUCAACAAUAACGAUAACAAAUAUUGAUUCAAUUAAAAAUAAUCGUUUAUUUAAAAUUGAAACACUUAAUCCUUUUCAAAAUAGAUGGACAAUUCGAGUUCGUGUUGCAAAUAAAACACCAAUUCGUACAUAUUUAAAUGGUGAUGGUCGUUUAUUUAAUUGUAAUUUUAUUGAUGAAACAAGUGAAAUACGUGCAACUGGUUUUGGUGAUGAUUGUGAUCGACUUGAACCAAUUCUUAUUGUUGGCAAUAUUUAUUACAUUACACAAGCUCAAAUCAAAUAUGCUAAUAAACAAUUUAAUACUUUUAAUAAUGAUUUUGAAAUGACAUUUAAUAAUGAAACAAUUAUUGAACGAUGUUUAGAUAAUAUAUCAAGUAUUCCAAUGCAACGUUUACAUUUUAUACCAAUUAAUCAAAUACAAAAUAUAGAAACGAAUUCAUUUAUUGAUGUUAUUGGUAUAGUAAUGAGUAUCAAUGAUAUUAUUCAUGGAAAAAGUAAACAAAAUAAAGAUUAUACAAAACGUGAUAUUCUUAUUCUUGAUCGAACUGGUCAAAUAACUGUUACACUAUGGUAUCGAAUAGCUGAAAAUUUUCAAUCAUCAACUAUUCGAGCUGUAAUUAUGUUAAAAGGUGUUUGUGUAAAAGAUUUCAAUGGAGAACGAACAUUAUCUGUACUAGCUAGUACACAAUUACAAAUUGAUCCUGAUUUAUCAAUAGCUCAUGAACUUCGUAAAUGGUAUCUUGAAGAAGGAAUGAAUAUUGAUAUGAUAGAUCUUACUAUUCAAUCAAAUAAACAUGAAAAUAUUCCAUGGAAAACAUUUAGUCAAGUAGCUGAAUAUGAAUUAAAUAUGUCAUCAAUUGUUAAUAGUGAAAUAUUUCGAAUUAAAGCUGUAUGUACAUUUGUACGACAUGAUCCUGUUUAUAAAGCUUGUACUCGUUUUGAUUGUAAAAAGAAAUUACAAGAUAAUAAUGAUGGAACAUAUUAUUGUUCAAAAUGUGAUUUAAAUUAUGAAGAUUUUAAAUUACUUUAUAUGACGAGUAUUCUUUUAUCAGAUUCAACUGGUUAUCAAUGGGUUAGUUUUUUUGAAAAAGAAAGUGAAAUAUUAUUUGGUUGUCCAUCGGAACAAUUUCCCUAUGGAAAAUCUAAAGAUGAUGAAGAUAAAGCUUAUCAAAAAUUAAUGAGUAUAUGUGGACAAGAAAAAAUGUUUCUUAUUCGUGUUAAAUUAAAUCAUUAUAAUAAUCAUGAUCGACUUCAAUUUACAUGUGUAGGUAUUGAAUCAAUUGAUGCUCGUCUUAUGUGUCGUUUAUAUCUUGAAGAUAUUGGUAGAAUGUCAUGUAUUUUAUUAGACUAG